ACUAUGCUUUCAUCUUCAUCUUGUGAUUGUCGAUCAAUGAUCGAUGUGGGUGGCGGGAAAUUGAGAACUAGUGAAUUUUCCUGAAAGAUGGCGGGCAAUUUGAUGGUGAACGAGAAAGCUCCGGACAAAGAUACGACUCCUUCUAUCCGAAAGCUUGACGAAAGCGUCGUAAAUCGUAUUGCAGCAGGCGAAAUUGUAAAUCGGCCAGUGAAUGCCGUCAAAGAAAUGAUAGAAAACUGCCUUGACGCCAAAGCAAACGCUAUACAAGUUACUGUAAAAUCUGGAGGAUUAAAAUACCUACAAAUACAAGACAACGGCUGUGGUAUUCGUCAAGAAGACAUGCCUAUAGUAUGCGAGCGAUUCACAACCAGUAAACUAAGCAAGUUUGAAGACUUGAAUAAGAUUUCCACUUACGGUUUUCGUGGUGAAGCAUUAGCUAGCAUAAGUCACGUUGCCCAUCUUACAAUCAUAACAAGAACCAAAAACUCGAACUGUGCUUUCAAAGCUCAGUACAGCGAUGGGAAACUCAAGGGUUCGCCAAAACCGUGUGCUGGAAAUCAAGGUACUCAAAUAGUAGUCGAAGACUUGUUUUACAAUAUGUUGACUAGAAAGAAAGCCUUAAAAAACCCGAACGAGGAAUAUGCCAAAAUAGUCGACGUCGUUGGAAAAUAUGCCAUACACAACUCAGGGAUUGCGUUUACUGUUAAAAAACUUGGCCAGAACUUUGGUGAUGUGAAAACACUUAACUCUGCCGGGAUUGUUGACAACAUCUCUGUUAUCUAUGGUGCUGGUAUCUCCAAAGAAAUAAUUUCAGUUUCGCAUGACAACCAACAUUAUGGUUAUAAAAUGAAUGGCUAUAUUACAAAUGCCAAUUAUUCCAUGAAGAAAUUUAUAUUCUUGCUAUUUAUUAACAAUCGUUUGGUUGAUUCUCCAUCAAUUCGUAAAGCAAUAGAUAAUGUUUACUCCGCCUACUUACCUAAAGGAACACAUCCAUUUGUCUACUUAAGUCUUGAAAUAAAUCCAGCCAAUGUUGAUGUUAAUGUGCAUCCGACCAAACAUGAGGUUCACUUUCUUCAUGAAUAUGCAAUCAUCGAGGCUAUUCAAAAAAAAUUUGAAGAGAUGCUUCUUGGAUGUAAUUCCUCUCGGACCUAUUACACACAGUGUUUGUUACCAAAUGUUGUUCAGGACUCAAUUACAGGUGACAAAACCAGCAGCAAACAAAGUCAGCAAAGAGUGUAUGACAAACAGCUGGUUCGAACAGAUAGCAGAGAACAGACUCUACAUGCUUUUGUCAAGCCACAGUCAGCUGCUUCAUCAGACCAAAGCAUUCCUAGCGAAAAGAAAGGGGAUGAUGCAUCUUGUAGUGAAAACAAUGAAGAUGUUAUCAUGUUACAGGAUGAAUUGGAGGAAAUGUCUGAUUCCAACGGUAGUAGCAAGACAGUGAGCACUUCUAAAUCUCCGUGUCGUCGUUCCUUGCGCAGAGAUAUACGUUUAACUAGCGUACUAGAACUGCGCAACGCGAUCGAUAAAGCUGAACACAAGGAUCUUAAAAGCGUAUUCGAGAACCACAAGUUUGUUGGUUGUGUUGAAAAGUCGCUUGCUUUGAUGCAGCACGGAACGAAGUUGUAUCUUGUUAACGUCACAUCUAUCAGUCGCGAAUUUUUCUAUCAAAUUUUGCUGUUUGCAUUCGGCAAUUUUGGUUAUCUUCACAUCAAUCCACCGGCAUCCAUUUAUGAUCUUGCCUUGCUUGCUUUGAAUGCCCCUAAUUCGAGCUGGACUCCAGAAGAUGGCCCUCGCGAAGAACUUGCCGAUUUGAUUGUAUCGAAUUUAAAGGAGAAAUCGACAAUGUUGGACGAUUAUUUUUCUUUGGUUAUCGAUGAAAACGGUCAUUUGAAGUCACUGCCGUUGUUACUAGAUAACUAUGUUCCUAAUCUUAAUGGACUACCGAUGUUUUUACUGAGACUGGCUACUGAGGUGGAGUGGAACAAGGAGAAGGAAUGUUUCGAAUCGUUUUCUAAGGAAUGCGCAUUGUUCUACGCAUUCAAAACUGAUCCCUAUGUCGGUGAAGAGAUCACGGAGAAUGGACACGAUGAGAACUGGAAAUGGACGGUUGAACAUGUUCUUUUUCCCGCCUUCCGAAGUGGAUUCCAUCCUCCACAAAGAAUGGCCGAUGAUGGCAGCAUCCUUCAAGUUGCCAACCUACCUGAUUUGUAUAAGGUUUUCGAACGAUGUUGAAUCAAAUGUAAAAAUAGUCAAAAAUACUCGCAUACUUUAAAUGUAUCAUAGUUUGCUUUUAAUGCAUGUUCACAAACAUUUAACCACAUUUUCUUGUGACACUCUUAUGUACUGUGUUUAAUAUUCAUGUUACUCCCCUAAAGUAGCAUAACUAUCUGUGCUUUUUACUGUUGGCGGACGUGCAUUUAAAGAUCUCCUCGAGAAAGCGAAGAAAGAAAUAGGUUAUGUCCUCGUUGGUUCAAACGGAUGAGAGUUUACUAAACGGAUGAUUAUCCAUUACAUUGUAAUUUAUAUUUUGUUUUAUAGAUAUGUUGACUGAACGUAGUAUAAAUACCGCAUCCUAUUGGUUAUCGACGUUUAAGUUUUAAUAUAAUGAAUUGCUGUUGACUUUUCAUGAGUCUUC